AAAAAUAGGCAAUUAUUUUAGCCUUACUGCACAAUACAAUAUAUAAUACAUGUAAAACUUGCUGAAAAGUAGCGCACACAAAUUUCGACAAUACUGAAUACGCUAACACUAGAAGUUCAUCAAAUGCCGUUUAAUCCCAAGCAGCAAAGUGGCCACGUAAAAAGUAAACGCCAGCAUAUGUACGCAAGUAAAGAAUUUGUUUUGUGUAAAUAAACACAAACCGAGUUAAAGUUUUGGUUCGUCAAUAAUAGAAAUGCCUAGGCGGCAAGCUCCACAGCUGCUAAAGUUAAAAUGUGUGACGUGAGCGGCGUUUAAUAUAAGUAGUAAAAACAACAAUCCAUUAUCACUAGCCACACGCACAGCAUGGACGAGAAACUAAAGUAUUCGCUGCUGCGCGGCGAGCUGGUGGACACCCAAAGCAUUUGGAACAGGCAUGAGAAACGCGUUUGGUUCAUCACGCUCCUGACAGGCACUUGCAUGCUGUACUCCACGCGCACAACGAUGCCGCUGCUGGUGCCAGCCGUGGCGGCCGCACAAAAGUGGAGUAAAACCGAUUCCGGCACUGUGCUCAGCUCAUUUUUCUGGGGCUACACCCUGACCCAAGUGAUGGGCGGCUAUUUCAGCGAUCGCUUCGGCGGGCAGCGUGUUAUAUUGUUUGCUGCACUCGGCUGGUCCAUUAUCACAUUCCUAAUGCCCACAAUUAUCUGGUCGGCAGCGUCAGUCAAGGGCUAUGCGAUACCCAUCAUUGUUACCGUUCGUAUCCUUAAUGGUGCCCUGCAGGGCGUACACUUUCCUAGCAUGAUUAGCCUGACUAGUCAGAAUUUAUGUCAAAAUGAGCGCAGUAGCUUCUUUGGUCUGCUCACAUCCGGUUCGGCGAUGGGCACGCUGCUGACGGGCAUCAUGGGCUCCUUUGUGCUGGACUACUUUGGCUGGUCGUAUGUUUUCCGAGUCAUCGGCUUGAUGGGGUUCGCCUGGGCUCUGGUGUUGCGUUACUAUGCAAUGGCCGGCGAGCGCAAUCGAAUCAUUAACAUCUCCAUGCCUGCACGACUGUGCGUCAAUAAGGCGCCCGCGGAGUCAUCUGUGCCCUGGCUGUGCUUCUUUAGCCGGCUGCCGUUUUGGGCGUGCGUGCUGACGCAUGCCUGCGAGAUGAACUGUUUCUUUGUGCUGCUCUCCUGGCUGCCAACAUACUUUCACGAUGGAUUCCCCCAUGCGAAAGGCUGGGUGGUUAACAUGAUACCAUGGCUGGCACUGCCACCGUGCACAUUUUUUGCCAAAUACUUGACUACACGACUAAUAGCCAGAGAAUGGUCCACGACGACAGUGCGCAAACUUAUACAGAGCUGUUGCUUUGCGGCGCAGAACGUGGCGCUUUUUAUAAUGAGCCGCACCACGAACUUUCACACUGCAUUGAUUUGUAUGACUAUCAUCAUUGGCGGCACGGGCUUUCACAACAAUGCGGUGACUGUCAACCCCCAGGAUUUGGCGCCAUUGCAUUCCGGUAGUGUUUUUGGCCUGAUGAACACAGUAGGCGCCAUACCUGGCUUUCUGGGUGUUUACCUAGCUGGGCACAUACUGGAACUGACGCAGAGCUGGCCGAUGGUUUUUAGUGCGGCGGCAGGCAUCAACUUGAUCGGCUGGAUUAUAUUUCUGGUCUUUGGCUCCGCUGAGGCCAUUGUAUAAUUUCUAAUUACAUUACAUUCUCUUGACGAUUUCCAUGUGGGAAAAAUAUUUAUUAAAAUGUGUAGAUAGUUUAGGAGGUUUAGUUUAUGAUUUCCAUAAAUCUGAGUAUUUGAAUAACAAACGCC